GAGCCGAGCAGGGCCGAACCGAGCGGGGCGGGACCAUGAUGGCGCAGCGGGCUCUCCCCAACCCCUACGAGGACUAUGACAAGUCCUUGGCCACCGGCUACUUCGACGCGGCCGGGCGGCUGACCCCCGAAUUCACGCAGCGGCUGAAUAACAAGAUCAGGGAGCUGCUGCAGCAGAUGGAGAAGGGCCUCAAGUCGGCCGACCCGCACGACUGCACCGCCUACACUGGCUGGACAGGCAUUGCUUUGCUGUAUUUGCACCUGCAUGAUGUGUAUGGAGACCCAGCCUACCUUCAGGUGGCCCAUGAGUACGUGAAGAAGAGCCUGAGGUGCAUGACCAGGAGAUCCAUCACUUUCCUCUGUGGUGAUGCUGGGCCCCUGGCAGUGGCUGCUGUCAUCUACCACAAGCUGCAGAACCAGAAGCAGGCAGAGGACUGCAUCAUCCGUUUGCUCCACCUGCUCAAGACUGACCCCCGAGUGCCGGAUGAGCUGCUCUAUGGGCGCAUGGGUUAUCUCUCUGCACUGAUAUUUGUGAACAAGCACUUUGGAGAGGAGAAGAUCCCUCAGAGUCACAUUCAGCAGGUCUGCGAAGCAGUUGUAGCCUCAGGAGAGAACUUAGCCAAAAAGAGGAACUUCACAGCAAAGAGCCCACUGAUGUUUGAGUGGUACCAGGAGUACUAUGUAGGAGCAGCCCAUGGUUUGGCUGGGAUUUACUACUAUCUCAUGCAGCCUGGCUUUGGAGUGAGCCAAGUAAAGCUGCACAACACAGUCAAGCCCAGUGUGGACUAUGUCUGCCAGCUCAAGUUCCCAUCUGGGAAUUACCCUCCAUGUAUUGGUGACACCAGAGACCUACUCGUCCACUGGUGCCAUGGAGCACCAGGUGUAAUCUACAUGCUUGUCCAGGCAUACAAGGUCUUUGGGGAGCAGCAGUACCUGAAUGAUGCCCUGCAGUGUGCAGAAGUGAUCUGGCAGCAUGGGCUACUGAAGAAAGGCUAUGGGCUGUGCCAUGGCACAGCUGGCAAUGCUUAUGCCUUCCUGGCACUGUACAACCUCACUCAGAACAUGAAAUACCUCUACAGGGCCUGCAAGUUUGCAGAGUGGUGUUUAAGCUAUGGGCAGCAUGGGUGCCGGACUCCUGACACACCAUUCUCUCUCUUUGAAGGAAUGGCUGGAACAAUUUACUUUCUUGCUGAUCUGCUGGUACCUACCAAGGCCAAGUUCCCUGCAUUUGAACUCUAAAUCUGGAUCCUGCUUGGCAGUUUGCUGCCCUGUAUCCUUCUGCACUUGGAAAUGCAGCUCAAGGCUGCUUCCUCCUUUUAUCAGACUCACCACUGUUCACCUAACUGAACGUAAAUCCAUCCUCCUGAGGGCAUGCUGAGUUCUCUAACGUUUCUAGUUGUCUCGUUACAUUGUUUGGUUUAAAAAACAGAAUGCAGCUUUUGCUGGUGUCCCAUAAAAACUCAGGGCUGCAGGUGGGAGCUGGGAGAACUGUACAGUAUUUUGUUUGCUACAGGGUUUUGCUAUUUCCUGUAUCCCAUUUCCUGGGGAGAAGUUUUCUAUGGAAUGUAA